CAAGUGUGCGGCGCAGGGACCAGCGAGGCGGCGCCAGAACAGCGCAGUGCGCACGCCGAGUCUCCGGAGCAGGAGGCUGGGUGCCCGGCCCCCGGCCCGGUGCUGGGGGGCUUCGCGAGGAGGAAGACGCCAAAGGUCCAGCCUUUCCUGCCAGCAUGGCUGGCUAAGCCAAGCUUUGUCAGGAAGAAUGUCACUGAGGAUCUUGUUCCCAUCGAGAACAUCCCCGAGGUGCAUCCUGACCUGCAGAAGCAGCUGCGUGCACAUGGCAUCUCAGCUUACUUUCCAGUCCAGGCAGCUGUGAUUCCUGCCCUCCUGGAGAGUGUGGCCAGUGGGUUCCUGGUGAGCAGAGGUGGCUACCAACCCAGUGACCUCUGUGUUUCUGCCCCAACGGGCAGUGGGAAGACAUUGGCUUUUGUCAUUCCUGUGGUGCAGGCCCUGAUGCACCGAGUGGUCUGCCAAGUGCGUGCACUGGUGGUGUUGCCCACCAAGGAGCUGGCCCAGCAGGUGAGCAAAGUGUUCAACGUCUACACAGACGCCACACCUCUGCGGGUUGCCCUGGUUACUGGACAGAAGUCUUUGGCUAAAGAACAGGAGAGCCUUGUCCAAAAGACAACAGACGGCUACCGCUGCCUGGCCGACAUCGUGGUGGCCACACCUGGCCGCCUGGUGGACCACAUUGACCAGACCCCAGGAUUUAGCCUUCAGCAGCUCCGUUUUUUGGUAGUUGACGAGGCUGACCGCAUGAUAGACAGCAUGCACCAGUCUUGGCUGCCACGGGUGGUAGCCGCAGCCUUCCAUAGUGAGGGCCCUGCAGACCCCUGUGCCCUACUCCAGAGAAGGCAGCCCCAAGCAGUGACCGCCGCCAGCACCUGCCAUCCCCAGAUGCCUUUGCAGAAGCUGCUAUUCUCAGCUACCUUGACCCAGAACCCUGAGAAGUUGCAGCGGCUCGGCCUCUACCAGCCCCGGCUCUUCUCCACGGGGCUGACGCACAGGGGCUCCCAAGACAGGGAUGUGGAGACAGAAGGGGACUCGGGGGGGAAAUACACCUUUCCUGUGGGGCUCACGCACCACUACGUGCCCUGCAGCCUCAGCUCCAAGCCACUGGCCGUCCUGCACUUGGUCCUCAGGACGAGUGUCUCCAGGGCCCUGUGCUUCACCAACUCCCGAGAGCACUCCCACAGGCUCUUCCUACUGGCGCAAGCUUUUGGGGGUGUGAAUGUGGCCGAGUUUUCCUCCCGCUAUGGGCCUGGCCAGAGGAGGAAAAUCUUGAAGCACUUCGAACAGGGCAAGAUCCAGCUCCUCAUCAGCACUGAUGCCACUGCCCGUGGCAUCGAUGUGCAGGGUGUGGAGCUGGUGAUCAACUACGAUGCCCCCCAGUACCUGAGGACCUACGUGCACCGGGUGGGGAGGACGGCUCGAGCUGGGAGAACUGGACAGGCCUUCACGCUGCUCCUCAAGGUGCAGGAGAGGCGGUUCCUCCGGAUGCUGGCCGAAGCUGGGGCACCUGAGCUAUCCAGGCACGAGAUCCCCAGUGAGCUGCUGCAGCCGAUGGUUCCUCAGUACGAGGAAGCCUUGUCCCAGCUGGAGAAGACCAUCAAGGAGGAGCAGAAACAGAAGGUGGCCUAGGCUGCUGGGUGCAUCUCUGCACCCCGGGUUCCUGAAGCAGCAGUGGUGACACAGCCCUCUCCCCCAUGGCUCCUGUGCUGGGCAGCCUGGAGCUCAGUGGGUCUGCCAGGUUGGGACCCCUGCCCAAGGCUGUAUACCACGUCCUGGGGCAAGCUGGUCUCGAGCCAUGUGGUGCUGCUGGAACAUGUGGUGUGCUUGCCUGAGGGCUGGGGUCCCCUCAGACAAAGCCAGAUGUCAUGCUUCUGACAUCAGCGUCCCACCUCCUGGGCAGCCCUGCUGUGUGACCAGAUGGGAGGCAGCCCGGCCAGGAAACCUGAGCCUCAUGCUGAUUGAUGCUUGGCCACCACCCGGCCCAGGGCAGACCCAAAGCAGUGGGGUCCUGUGAGUGGGAUAGGAGAUUCAGAAGCACCUCUGUUUAUGAGAAGCCUUUUAGAAACUUCAUGAUAGUAAAUUUUUAAAAAACAGCCA